AUGGAGAAUUGCAAUGCUUCCAUUUCCCCAACUGAACCAAGGUUGCAAUUGUAUAAGAAUGAGGAUGAGGAAGAUGUUGAUCCAACUCAAUAUAGGAGGUUGAUUGGAUCCUUGCGUUACUUGUGCAAUACGCGGUCGAACUUGGCGUUUAGUGUCGUUAUUCUGAGUAGAUUCAUGGCGAGACCGAAGGUGUCUCACUUGGCAACAGUCAAGAGAAUCCUACGUUAUGUCAAAGGUUUUGUUGGCUGCGGAAUUCUCUUUCCCGCAGCGGACACGGGCAUAAAAUGCAAUUUUCUUGGUUUUACCGAUUCUAACUGGUGGGGAGACAAAGAUUAUCGAAAGUCUACAGCUGGAUACAUCUUUAUGUUUGAUGUGACAUCAAUAUCUUGGUGUUCGAAGAAGGAAUCGAUAGUUGCACUCUCAUCUCUUGAGGCUGAGUACAUUGUCGCUUCGUUAUGUGUGUGCCAAGCCGUAUGGCUUAUGAAUCUAUUGGAGGAGAUGGGCAGCAGUGAGGGUGGGGUUGUCACACUCUUAGUUAACAAUGCUUCCGUGAUUAAUCUUGCUAAGAACCCAAUUGCACAUGAGAGGAGCAAGCACAUUGAGAUGGGGUUCCAUUAA